AUGAGCGCAUCAAUACCGUCAUCAUUUGUCGCUGCUGCUCCUCCUUCUUCUUCUCCUUCUUCUUCCUCAUCAGUUCUGUGCAAAGCGUGUUCUCGUUCUCGAAUUGGGGAAAGCGUGGGCGGGUCGCUGGUGCCGAAAACGUCGACGCAAAGCGGCGGUUUUGUAGCGACGAUGCAGACGACGACGAGUAAUAAUAAUAACAGCAUUAACAACAAUCGAUUCGCCGCGUUGGCAUCAUCAGCAUUGCCAAAUUAUCGCGUUGAAGCGAGUUUAGAAGACGAGGAAGCGAAUAACAACGACAACGGUAUUAAAAGAAGCACGAAGAAGAAGAAGAAGAAGAAGAAAGGAGGAGAACAGAACAAGGGCAAUACUAAUGCUUUGAAAAUGAAUGUGAUGAAAGAUGCAGAGUGUCGAGAAAUUCUGGACGAGUUGGACGAACAGGUUGUGUUUAUCGACUCGUACACGUCGGAAGCGUUUACGCAAUGCGUGUUGGAAUUGAAGCGAGCGAAAGUCAUCGCGUACGAUUGCGAAGGUGUUCGAUUAUCGAGAACGGGGAAGAUAACGCUGUUACAAAUAGCCAUUCCGAAGAAGAUCUUUUUAAUCGACGUGAUGACCAUCGGUGGGAAGGAAGUAUUCACCGACGGCGGUUUGAAAGAUAUCAUCGAAUCCGAGGAGAUUUUGAAACUCGCGUACGACGUGAGAAUGGACAGCGACGCUUUGUUCCAUCAACACGACGUGGUUUUGAAAAAUGUUUUAGACUUACAAUUACUCGAUAUCGCCAUUCGCCGCGCGGCUGGGGGAAUAGUCGAACACCUCCCGUCCUUGUCGAAAACAGUCAGUCGACGGUUAACCAACGCGGAAAUCCUCGUUUGCGAAGACUUGAAAAAACGCGUCAAAAACAUGUACACCUCCGUCGAAGACGGCGACUUGUGGGCGCGAAGACCGCUCAUCGACGACGCCAGAAGAUACGCCGCUUUAGACGCCUGGGUGUUGAUGAAGUUAGACCAAGCCAUGCGUCCAAACGGGACCACCGCGCCACACUUAUUCCCUGGAUUCGACGAGAAAUGGAACGAACGCGUCUUAAACGCCUCGCGAAAGCGCAUAGACGAAUACAAAGAUAAAGAGAUUCCAAUAGAACAAGGCGGGAAGCGAACCGCGGAGAUGACGCAAGCGCCUCCGUUUUAA